GUCCACCCGUUAUAACGCAAUGCAAUAAGAACAUGAGCGGUGUCGAUAAGGCCAAUUCAUUACUAGGUCUGUAUCGCAGUCCAAGCGGAUCGAAAAGAUGGUACUUCCCAAUUUUUACAUGGGUUCUUGAUAUGUCAGUGAUCAACGCCUGGCUUCUGUAUAGAAAGGACUGCAACACAGCACGUGUAACGUCAAAACCGCUAAAGGAGUUCCGUAUGGAAUUAGCCAAAUCGUUGGCCAACGCAGGAAAACAAAGUUCUCGUGGCAGACCAUCCAUUUCCUUGACUAAUAAAACCCCUGUGAAAAUAAUAUCAAACCGUAUACUGCCGAGACUUGAUACCACCACCCAAAAAGAUGGCAUAGGUCAUUGGCCAACUUAUGGUACAAAAGAGAUAGUAUCGAAUGUGGAGCGUGAUGACGACGGUACCGGCAGUACUCCAGCAGGCACUUAA